AUUACGCUCAUAUGUUUAGAAAGUUGUGAUGCCAGACUGUUUGCCAACGGUUUUAUUUAAAACUAAACAUGAAAAUGUAUUAAAUUAAAUGAAAAAGCAGCAAAGCCGGCUAACAAAGAUUACUGUCCGUGCCACUGGACUAAUUCAAGUUAAUAAUAUGACGACUGCAAAUGCAUGUGAUCAAAAAGGCGGCAAAAAUACUUAUAUGGUCUGGAUGGACCUGGAAAUGACAGGACUUGACAUACAAAAGGAUAAAAUAUUGGAGGUCUCAUGCUUGAUAACGGACAAGGAUUUGAACAUUCAAUCAAACGGACUUUCAUUUGCCAUUAAUCACCCCCAGGAAGUUUAUGAGCAAAUGAACGAAUGGUGUAUAAAGCAACAUUACGCAUCCGGACUGGUGGACAGCUGUAAAAAGUCGACCGUAACGCCAGAAGCUGCGGAGGACUUGAUUUUAACUUAUCUAAAACAGAAUAUACCAGAAAAGACAUGCGUACUGGCCGGCAACUCGGUAUACAUGGAUCGAUUAUUUCUAUAUAAAUAUAUGCCCAUCGUCAAUAAAUACCUGCACUAUCGUAUAGUCGAUGUGUCCACCAUCAAGGAAUUAGCCCGCCGAUGGAAUCCGGAUAUAAUAGAAAAAGCUCCCAAAAAGGCCUUUGCUCAUCGAAGUCUGGAUGACAUCAAGGAUAGCAUUGCAGAGCUGAAAUUCUACAAGGAGCACUUGUUCAAGUAAACAUAUGAUAAACUUUCUGAAUAUUAUAUAACACCUCAGGAUUAUUUCGUAAAAAAUAUCAAAGAAGACAACUUCGGCAUAGUCGGAGAGACUGUCAUGCCUAUAUGAACUCGUCUCGUCGUGCUCAUCGAGAAUAUAUAUACUUUAUAAGGUCACAAAGAUUCAAAAAAUUGUAUAGUAGAUUUCUUCAAUUUGUUAGAUAAAGUUGUAUAUAUAUAAUUGUGUUUUUGCUUUAAUUAGUUCGAAUAUGUAAGCAGAAACAAAACUCUAUGAUUACAAAUAAAAAUACGAUAGCUAUAAAGAACUCGA